AUGGGCGCAUUGCACGAGGGUCACAUCUCAUUAAUGCGCCAGGCCGCCGCUGAGAACACCGAUGUCUUCGUGAGCAUCUACGUCAACCCUACCCAGUUCGGCGUCAACGAGGAUCUUGACAGCUACCCAAAGACAUGGCAAGAGGAUAUGGACAAGCUACAGGCUCUCAACAAGGAAUUGAAUGGUCAGACUGGUUCUGGACGCAUCACUGCUGUUUUUGCACCCAUCACCAAGGUCAUGUACCCGACAUUGCCGCCAUCAUCCGAGAUCACAGGCCCAGGAUCCUUCGUCACAAUCACCNCCUUGGGGAGCCUGCUCGAAGGUGCCUCGCGCCCAGUUUUCUUCCGCGGUGUUGCUACCGUUUGUAUGAAGCUUUUCAACAUUGUUAUGCCCGAACGUGUCUACUUUGGACAAAAAGACGUCCAGCAAACGGUUGUCAUCAAGCGCAUGGUGAAAGACUUUCACCUCGACACCGAGGUCAAGAUCGGACCUACAGAGCGUGAGGCUGAUGGCUUAGCUUUGAGCUCGAGGAACGUCUAUCUAGGCGCAAGGAGAAGGGAAGUGGGUGUGGUCUUAUCGCGUGCUCUCAAAGCCGCCGAGGGGAAGUACUUGCAAGGGAAACGUCUUCGUGCCGACAUCCUAUGGCCCGCUAAUGAGGUCUCGUCGAGUAAGAUGAUGGAACAGGAUGACUUGCCUCUGUCAAAGCGUGCGCGGGUUGAGGUGGACUACAUCUCUCUGGCCGAUCCAGACACCAUGGAGGAGGUUGAGGUUGUGGAUGCCUCGAAGGGUGCUAUUCUUAGUGGAGCUAUCAAAAUGCUGCCUAUUGAAGAACCUCAAGAAGGAGAGGAUUGCGGUCUCGGCGGCGGCGCUGUCCCCGUCAGAUUGAUCGAUAACAUUAUCUUGCAGCCGAUAAAAUAA